AGAGUAAUCCGCAUCAGAUAAUUUCUCUUCAAAAUAAGCUGUACGCAGGAAAGAUCACUACUACUAACAGUUCUCACUGCAAUGGAAAAUUGAUUGGAGAAUAUGGUUCACAUAAGAAUGGAGAAAAUCCGUGCAACACUGCUAGAACUGCAAGCAGUUGUAGGCAGGUGCUUCAAGUACUACAUUGUUUGGAACAAGGCUGUUCCUUUCAUCUCAGGUUUGGUGUUUGUUCAUGCUUGGGUUGAGUAUGCGUUGAUUCUGGUCCUGAUCACGCAUCUGACCGACGAGUUCUUGCAUUUGCCGAAAGCUGCUUUGGUUGUGAAUUUGCAAGAUGGGGUAACAGCGAUUCUAGGUCUGGUUGUUGCUUAUGUGUCCGAUGCUUAUCUGGGUCCAUUUCUAGCAGUAGUCUGCUCAACUGUUGCUUAUAUCAUUGGAUUAACACUGUUGUUUCUCGGGGCGUGGCAUCUAAAAAGUAUUGAGCUACAAUUACUGUACGUGGCAUUGAUACUGGUAGCUUUAGGCCGAGCGGGCCUUGAUAUCCCACUCAAGGAGUUUCUUGCCUAUCAAUUUAGAGAAGAGGGGUCAUAUGCAGACGAGGAACAAUUAGAGAGUCGUAGAAAGAUAUGGUGGCGUCCGGCUUAUAUUUUAGGUAUCUGUGCAUCUGUUUAUGUGUUUGCAAAUGCUGAAUGGAUCCAGCUCUCAAAGAUAGCAGCAAUUGCUAUGGGGGUAGCCUUUGUGUUAUUCGUAGGAGGCGCAGCAUUUAAGUAUAAGUACAAGCCACCUGCUAAGGAAAGCAUGCUAAACAACAUGCUGCAAAUCCUGCGUGCAGCAGUAUCGAAGAGACAUCUUAGGAAUAGUACUCCUUCCAGAAAUGUCAUUCCAAUACUAAGGUGGUUAGAUGCAGCUUCGGUUGAGGAACCUUCACCUAGUCGGGCAGAACAAAUGAGGCUAGGAAGACUUUGGAGUCCUGAAGAUGUACAGAAAGUGAAGAUUCUGCUCUCUAUGGUCCCUCUGUGGACAACGUUACUCGGUUAUGGUCUACUGCAGGCCACAGGAAGCACUUUCUUUUAUGAACAAGUCGGUUGCAUGGACAGUCGUCUGGGUCAAAUUUCGGAAGUUCCCAUACUUAUUUUUGUGAUAGUGCAGAGUUCAACUAGGUUCAUAGUCUCGCGUCUUUGUGAUUUACUAUUUCCGUCUUAUUGGAGUCAGAAAGUUCCAGGGCAAGUUAUGCUUACAAGGAUUGGAGCUGGAAUGGCAAUUUCACCAGUAUGCUGCAUAGUUGCUUGGAGGAUCGAGACGUACAGGCUGCAGAAGUAUGUCAGCCACGAAGUUUCUGUCACUGUUUUCUGGCUAAUCCCACAGUUCUUCUUACUGGGAUUCGUGGAAGGGCUAGUGUUUGAUGGGAUGGAAGAAGUGUUUGCUGCGCAUGUUCCUGAAUCGUUCAGGAAGUACGGGCAGUCUUUCACUCAAUUCGCUCUCAACAUUGGGAAUUUCGUCAGCUUAGUUUUUAUCUUAAUCUUCCACGGCUUGUUCAACGACUACUUAAACACGAGUGGAUUGGCGACGUAUUAUGCGUUGUUAGCUUACAUAUGCUUUGUGAAUUUCCUGUUUUACUGCGGUGUUGCAACCUAUUACGUGAAGGAAUCCUAUUAUGAGAAAGACGAAUCACCUAUUGAGCAAGAACUACAGCAAAUCCAGAAUUUGGACAGCCAUGAAGCUCAGCUGACUGAGCAAGAACUAGAGCAAAUCCAGAAUUUGGACAGCCAUAAAGCUACUGAUCAUCUGCUGGCUAAAUAAACUUGAAGGGCUAUAAGGAGAUUGCCUAUUGCAAUCCCAGCAAUUUCUUUUCUGCUUCUGUCACUUGUACUCAUCACAUGAUUAUAAGUUGAUUUCAAAUAUGUUUAAGG